CAAGAAGGAAACAAAUUAAAUAUCCAAGAGGGCGGAAUACUAAGGAAAACUCAACACACAGGAAAUCGAAGUAGGAACAACUACAACUCUGUGAUUGGCCGAAAGUGGGAACCCUAACCUCAUGUUCUAGAAAGAGAAUCGCCAACAAAUUUCAAGUAAGCAGUGCCUUCUGUCAUCUCGAAUGUCAUUUGGAAUUGCCUGAGCUCUAUUCAGUUUCGUAUACCUCCGGAUUACACGUACUAACGUUUGAAAAAAACAUAAAAUUCCAAUCAACAUGCCACACAAAAAAUUUCCUAGAAUGUCACAGGCGCAACUCAAACGUUUGAUCAAAUCACAAAAUCAGAACAUAGCAAAUGCCGCGUGUACUUUGGAACCACCAAAAAUUAUCCAGCAGCCGUCGAUGAGGCAGUCCAUCAUGCCACCGAACCCUGCCUAUACCAAGAAACAGCGCAAGAAUGCGGCUGGAAAGGUGCCAGUGCAGGGGCUAGACCACGUGGUGCCGGAGGACAAUGUGAAACAGUACUUUCAGCCUAAUCCAACCAAGCAGAUGCAACGCAAUCGCAAGAAUCCUUCGUUGCAACACAAUGGCAAUGAAGCAUCCAAGCAGGAGAAGCCCAAUCAGCAGGACAAGGGCCGUUCCAAGCAGAUGCAGCCGCUGUAUUCAAGCGUUGUGGCCAAUAAGCAAGACGGGCCUACCGCAGUGAUCGGUCCUCCACCCAAGGAGGGCUCAUCUGGUCAGGAGUUGCCGGAUAGCAGCUCAUCAUCCGCCACGCUCACUUGGCCCAAUCAAUCGGUUAAAAGCCAGGGGUUCUUCGGAACUAGCGAUUCUUCAGCUGACCCAUUCAGCAUGCAGAAUCUGAAGAAGAUUGCCCAUGAUUUCUUCUCAUAUCCGGAGUUUUAUUCACCGGAGGCCAGCGAAACCAUUGACACUGCCAAUGGCUCCAACAAAGCUGAGCCCCCGAAGACGGAAUCCCAGCCGGGUCUCAACUCUUCGCCGAGAGGCUCUGUCUUGGGUGCCGAUAGGUCGGGCCAUGCUCAAUCGACUGCGGAUGGCACCAAUUCUCGCCGGAAGGAUGUUCCAUUGGAGGAGGCCUUCAUGACCGUAAUCCGCAAUCUGCGCGAAAAUUAUCCGGGCAACGUGAACCCGAAUUUCCAAUUUAAUGGCUACCAAUCGGAGUACGAUUUCGGCUCUAAUCCCGAUUCCUAUUACAACGCUCAAUCGACAGUGGGCCUGCCAUCCGCUUACGGCUUUCCUCCUACUGGUUUUCCGAUGUCCCAGCAGUCACGCUUCAUGCCAAAGCAUAACCAAACGUGGCCGGCUCAAGGUUCCAAUCCAAAUCAACCGCCAUUGAUUAGCGAAACUUAUCAGGCCGAAUUGCAGCAGCAUCCUCGCUGGCCGGUGUAUAUUCCGGAAUAUGUUGCGCAAUUUAUGUUCGGUGAGCCCCAGGACGCCAAUGCCAGCUGCUCUCGUAGCGCAAACCACGGCAACACGAUGUAAAAAAGAAUCCGGAGGGAAAUCGGAAUAGGGUAGCAUUCAAAAAUCUCUUCAUCACUCAACACCAUUUGAAAAAAAUUGCUAAUGUAACACACAAACCAAUUCCGUAAUCCUAAUGAUUAUUUUGCAUCUAUGUAUUAAUAAACAUUUGUAAUGUUACAAAUAUUUUCCAUAUAUUUGUAAGCCAAUUACACUUAACCAUCUUUUGUAAUGAUGCAACCGAAGAUAAACGAAUUGUACGCAUCCGAACUACCUCGACUAGAAUUUAUGUAAAUGCCAUAUCAUUCGAAUGCACACAGAAAUGACAUCAAAUUUCACUUCCAAUUCGGUUGGAAGAAAGUGAAAAACCUGCGAAAAGAUGUGAAUGAACAAAUCGACCAGCUUACAACAACCAACAAUUGAAAUAAAGGAAAA